AUGGCCCAUGCAGCAUCACGACGCCGUCGAAUUAUCCUCGAGAAGGACUCGGAUGAUGACAUGGUGGAUGCGCCCCAAGGAUCGGUCGGUCAUAUGCCAACACCCAGGAAUGAAGGAAGCUUGAGAAACCCUGAGAAGGUUGUCUUACCCACGGCGACGGGGGGAGGCAUUCCGGCGAAAAGGAAGUCGCGCCGUCCGAAGGCUCCAGCACUGGUCCAGGCGGGGGAGCGAGUGGAUUCCCGGACUGGUGAGGAUAUGAUGGACGCGACCCCAAGGCCGGCUGAUACUGCGGCACUGCCUCGGCAGGAGGAUUCCUCGGUGCGGAAGGACAGUAAUAUUCCGAAAGUGGCGGGGGAGGUUUCUUUGGCAAAGAGGAAGCCUCGUCGGUUGAAGGCUUUAUUGCUCAACAAGGGGGAAGAGGGGGCUGGACAAGGUGCUGAUGCGACAGAGGCGUUGGGGUUGAAGCAGUCCCCGAAGGGUUCCGUGCGUGGCAAGAGGAAGCUGAAGAAAACCCACCUUCCAGGGGGGGAUGCGAUUGAUAUACCUAUGGCCUCGUUGGAGGAAGCAGUGCAAAGGGAGGAAGAUACUUGCUUUCCGAGUAUGGUGGUGGGUGAUAUGGUGGUGCCCGGCAGCGCAAAGGAAGAUAUGGGUUCUCCCCAUUUGGCAGGUGGUAACUCGGAGGGAUCAGUAUCGAGUGGGGAAACGCAGUGUUUUGUGAUUGAGAAAAGACUCCCACAGGUUGCUCCUCCAAAAACUUGCACUCCUUCCAAGGGCCGGGUUAGCCACGUGGUGGCAGCGUUCGAGGCAGGGUUGACCAUCGAGGACAAGAUCGUGGAACAGGCCUUGGCUGGAGAUAUAGGCUUUAUAAAUGAUACGGGGGGCAGUGGCCUUACUGGGCUGGAUGCUGGCGAGCUGGAUGAAUAUGGAUCCAAUAUGCUCAACCCGCCUAUGAGGAUUCUGAAAAGGCCUUUUGAGGUAGUGGAGGGGGAGGUUGGUGUCCCGCCAACCCCUAAGAAACAAUUUGUGGAAGCAACUGAUAACAAUGAGAAGGUGGAGGAAGCCAGCCUGGAGUGGCCCCAGUCUAAUAAAUGA